AUGGCUCGGGGGAAGGGCGCCGCAGAGCCAGAAAAGACUCGGCGGCUUUCCCUCGCUGAAUUAGCAGCUCACGACGACGUGUGCUCAGACGUCAUGAUAGAUAAUGCUUAUUACAAGUCAAGAAUCCGAAAAAACCGCACCAAACACAUCCCCAUCCGCGGUAUCAAGGAAGAUGAAGUCCCUCAGAUCUUAUUGCACAAGGUCAUUGUCGACAAAGAUGUGAAGGCUGCAGAGAAAGCCCUUCUUUCGCUGCCUGGGCUGAAGAGAUAUAGAAAGAGUUUGCGCAGUAAAAGUGAACAGGAACACUUCUUGAACCACUUGAGAAAGUACAUAGAUAUGUACCAAACUGAUUGUGCUUGGGAAGUCUCUACCACGAAUCGCUACACAAUCACCACCUACGAAGCCGCUGUCACAGCCAGGAGGCGUAUCAGACAGGGAGACACGAUCAAAUAUCUCACUGGCACAUUGGUCCCUCUAACCACCGAGGAAUCAGCCGACUUGGACUUGACGAAUCGCAAUUUUAGCAUCGUUGUCUCUAGUCGCAAGAAAAACUCGUCCAUCUUUUUGGGCCCCGCUCGCUUCGCCAACCACGAUUGCGAUGCAAAUGGGCGUCUUGUGACGCGUGGAGAAAAUGGUAUGGAAGUCGUUGCCAUGAAGAAUAUUGAGGUCGGCGACGAGAUCACUGUCUCCUAUGGAGAUGAUUACUUUGGGCCUGGGAAUAUCGACUGCUUGUGUCAUACGUGCGAACAACUCGAGCGGAACGGCUGGACAUCCAAGGCUGGCAUCCUUGAUACUCCCAGUCGCACUUCUACUCCACUUGAGGAACCAGAACCAGCAGUCCACCCCCGCGGCCUGAAACGGAAAAGGGACUCCAAUCCUUCACCCUCUUCUUCCGCACCUCCAUUGAAGUAUGCGAAGGCCGUGCAGUCCCCGUCCAAAUUGCAACAUUCUUGGACGCCAUCGGGCAGUUCAGAUGCGGAAACGCCACUGCUUCCAAUUGAGCGAAAGUCCGAACCUCUCGUGGCGGCUUCAGAGGUAGGGACUACACUCUCGCCACCUCAUAGUCCUUCUCGGCCAGGAAAGCACGACUCCGGAAAAAUAUCAGUUCAUCUAGAUGGAGCUGAACCACGCCAGAAGUCGCCUGGUUCAUCCAUGGCACACGCGGACGACGAGGGAAGCUGGAAGCCCGCCCAACUUCUAAGCAAGAUAGCCUCGCAUGCUCCAUUGUCACCGGCAUCCACAUCUCCUUCUAGUCAUGGUUCUACAGCUGGGGUGAGCGCAUCGCGUGGGCCAGUUUCGCAGGUUCACAACAUCGAUACAGCUGUCACUAUCAAGAUGGAGACUGUUGAAACAAUGAAGAUAGAGGACGAUGAUGACGAUGAUUGUAUCGUCGUCUUUCCGGCCAAGCACACUGAUGAAAUUCUUCGACAAUCACAAGAACAGCCUAUCCAAAUUCGCCCGAUUGUCGAGAGCACGACAUUGGGGAUUCCCCCGACUGUGCCCGGGGAAAGUGUUCGCCAUUUCCAAGAACAGCAUAAACAGAUUCAUCCGCUCACCGGGAGCACUACGUUGGCUGUCCCUCACGCUAUUUCCACUCUAUCCACCACAACAAUUAGUAAGGAAGUCCGCGCGGUGCAGCCCCCGGGUGCUACGAUCGAUGAAAACAGUGUGUUACCGUCCAUAGAACCGAUGAAUACCUCAUCAACCGUGGCCAAGUUGACGGUCCACCCAGUGACUGGCACUAUCCGCAUUGCUGGCGACUACAUUCUCACCCGAAAACUCCUUGCUCAACCACAUGAUCGGUGGGUACAAUGCCACAACGAAAAAUGUUUCGGAUUCUUCAUCCAACCCAACGGAUACCAGACGCGGCGCGAAUGUCCACGAUGCGAGCGUCACAGCAUGCUCUAUGGAUUUCCGUGGCCCAAAACAGACCCAGAUCCUCGCAAACUGCUUGAGCGCAAGUCUCAGGGAAAUGGCCGUGGUAAGAAGAACAACGCGGAGGCAAUUGAGUACAGUGCAUACAGGCGCAAAGGGAGAUGUGGAAAGGGGACGUGGGUGGAAGGGGGAGGAGACCCAGAAGAACGUGUCAUGGAUCACCGCACCAUCCACCGCUUUGUGUUGCCUGAAGAAGAGAGAGAGUUGACUAGAAAGGGUCUCUUGAAAGAUGCUGAGGUUGCCCGGGCGGCGGGAGAUCAUGCCCUGGCAAUUUUGGAAGCGAGGAUGCGGGCCGGUUCCAGCUCACGGGUCUUGAAUCACGGAAUGGGUACGGAGAGUGCUACGAGAGACGCGAGCGAGAGUGGAAGCGCCACUCCUGACGAGUUGAGGAGGAGGAGCAAUCGGUUUGUCACGAGACCUGUCGGCAUCUACACAGACAAGUUCUAG